UGUCAUCGCCGUCAUGGGCGCAGGGUCGAGUAUAUCAAGCAGCCCCGGCCCUCUCUUCCUCGAUCCCAUAUUCCCCAGACAGCACUGCUCGCCAUGACCAACCUGGAAUUCGCUAUCGUCGACGCAUUCGUUCCCAAGAAGGACCUUCGGUUUGCCGGCAACCCUGCUGCCGUCGUCCGCUUCCCUCAGGCUCAGGCCGGAUUCCCCAGCGACUCUGCCCUCGCCGCGAUUGCCGUCGAAUUCAACGCACCGGCCACCUGUUUCCUGCUACCCCACCCCGAGUCCACGGCCAAUGUCCCGAGCUACCAUAUCCGCUAUGUCAGCCCCCACUACGAGAUCCCACUCUGUGGACAUGGCACCCUGGCCACAUCCCAUUUGCUCUUCUCGGAGCUGCCGGCGAGCGUCCAUACCAUCAGGCUGGUGACCCGGAGCGGCCAGAUCGUGACCAGCCGUCGGCUCGGGGACCAGAUCGAGUUCGAGUUUCCCCUCUUCCCGGUCCAUGACCUUGCCGACCUCAAGCAGCAGGAGCACUCCACGUCGGUGCUGCAGAAGGCCAUCCCGGGAUUCACUGCUGCCGACAUUGCGUCUCUGAAAACGGCCAACGGCACUGAUCUGCUCGUCGAGCUCAAGGACUCGGUCGAUCUUGAGGCGCUCAAGGUCGAGACUUCGCUACUGGAGAACCUUGGCUUCAAGCGGCUCACCCUGACCAGCGCCCGCCCGUCGCCUGCCCUCCCGGUCGCCGAUUUCCAAUCCCGAGUCUUCUACAGCACCGGAGAGGAUCCGGUCUGCGGCGUGGCACACUCGCCCCUCGGUGUCUACUGGCAGACCCGACUCUCCAAGUCCGAGUUGGUUGCUUACCAGUCCUCUGGCCGACAGGGUCGUUUGGAUGUGAUCGUCGAUGCAGCCCACUCGCGCAUUUUCCUGAAGGGAUACGGCGCCACCGUCAUGACCGGCACUCUCUCUGGGGCUGCCCUGGCCUCGAUCCUGUAAUGGCAUUUGCCCAGAGGAACGGGCUCCUCCUUUGACAGCGGCUAUUCACUCUGAUCCAAUCCCAGAGCCCUUCGUGCAGUGUAGCUCGGCCAAGUGUUCGUCGCUGCAAAGCUGUUCAUUCGAGCAAUACACCACAGUUGCCGAGAU